AUGCAGCAAACCCAGCACAACUUCGAUCAAGCUCGUCAUGACAAUGGUCGAGUGAUGAUCCGGGACUUCUUGCAGUUGAACCCGCGAUCGUUCGACUCUACUCCUGAACCGCUGGAUGCAGAUGAUUGGGUGCACGAUGUCAACCGCAUGCUCCACACAGCGGGAGUCGCUCCAGAAGACAAAGUGCGGUUUGCGACUCACCUACUGACAGGAGGGUCCGCAGCAUGGUGGGAGAACUUCCUCGAGAUGCGUCCCGCCAAUGCUCCUGAUGUCACUUGGGAAGAAUUCAGGGAAGCUUUCAGAAGCCACCACAUUCCUGAAGGGCUAAUGGACAGGAUGAAGGAGAAAUUCCUCAGUCUUGUCCAGGGCAACAAAGACGUGAUGGCAUACAGCAUCGAGUUCUCAAGGCUAGCUCGCUAUGGUGGCGAAGAAGUGUCUACUGAUGCCAAGAAGCAGAAGAGGUUCCGUAAUGGCCUCAAGCCGGCACUCAAGUACGCGCUCACUCAUGUCUCGACGGACACCUUUGACAAGCUGGUCAACACUGCUAUCAAGGAAGAGUCGGGUAGGCUUGCGUUCAAGGAGUCACGCAAGCAUACUCGAGAGGUUGGUGCUCCUUCUUCAGCGCCGCCUCAGAAGCGAAGGUUGUGGGUUCCUUAUCCCGCACCGCCAGGACAAGCUACACAAGCUGGGUAUGCUCCCCGCGCAGCACACGCUGGGUAUGCUCCCCGCCCUCCCACCCCACAGCUUCAGCAGAGGACCUACCAAUCUCCACCAAGGCCUGCUUAUGGUGGACCAAGGCCGAUGGGUCCACGUGCCGACCCCACAUGCUACAAGUGUGGUCAGGUUGGGCACAUCUCUACCUUCUGCCCUCAGAAGCUUCCUCCACCACCACCUCGCUCUACUGCAACAAAUGCGAUGGUUCGUGCACCAGCUCCGGGCCGUGCCUUCAACAACAACACCAGGCAAGGUCCGAGGGCUGCUCGCGUCAACAACAUCAACGUUGAGCAAGCUGAACAAGCUACCGACGUCGUGCUUGACGCCGACGCAGAGCAGUACGAGCAGGAGUACGAGCUCCCCCUGGAGGAUUGUGUCGGUGCUUCUACCUCUGAUCUGACAGGUACGACAGAUGAUGAGCAGUACGCUGGAGGCUACUUUGUCGAGUUCACGAACGACGACUUCAUUGCGUAGCAGGAUCGUUCCUAAGGCAGCAGCCUGUGGCAUGUUGGUUAUGGAAACACCGCUUGAUUAUCUUCAGGACUCUUAGUCCCAUUUGGUUCUUGUCUGUACCCAGACUAUUUGACUAUCUUAUGUAUGAUGUAAUGUUGGGGCAUGUGUCCUCUGAGUGUCAUUUGGAUCUUGCUCAUUAGAGCGUUGCUAUAUAUAUGAACCUUAUUUCCAUCUUUUGUGUCAUACAUAGUCAUGUUGUGAUAUUCAAGCUGUAUUCUACCCUCGUAUCAUGUGCACAGUGUGUGUA